AUGGCCAACGAAAGGAAUUGGAGAGGCUCACUCACAGCUUCAGAGAGAUAUGACAACAUUCAGAACAUAACAAAAUGGUCUGCGGCUACGGGCCUAACAGGGAGCGCCUUCGAAAUCGAGAAUGAAGCAUACAAAGCAUCAAGUAGCAGGGACUCUGGAUUGGGGGAUGGGGGCGGAGAUGGAGGACCGCCGCCGAUACAGCCUGAAGGGUCUCUUAAUGCAGACGCCGAGGAUAACGACGCCGUAGCGUCUUCCCCGGGCAUUACCAUCGGCGACUAUCACAACUGUCACUACAUCGCCAGCGGCGUCACAGCCCAAGUCUACCGCGCGCAAGCCCGCGCGCUCAAAGUGAUCAUCGAAACUCACAACAUCGAGCCUCACGACCCGCACCGAGAAGUUAAGAUCCUCAACAUCCUCCACGCCUCCAAAGCACCCAAUAUCAUCACACUCCUGGAGACCUUUCAUGACCCCUACACUCAAAACUUCGUGCUCGUCUUCCCCUACGCACCAAUCACCCUCGCGGACCUCUUUGCCAAACACCAACAACACCAGAAAUUCCUGUCCACCUCCCUGAUCCGCACGAUAACCACGGCCCUUUUCCGCGCCCUGGAUCAUCUCCACUCCGUCGAGUCCAUCAUUCACCGCGACAUCAAGCCCGCCGCACUGCUACUCACCCACCCAACCCCAGAAUCACCCUCUCAAAUCCUCUUAUCAGACUUCGGGACAGCCUGGCACCCCACCUUAUCCCCCACACUGGGCGGCGAGCCACACGACCACAAGGUCCUCGACGUCGGCACAGGCGCCUAUCGCGCACCCGAAACCCUCUUCGGUAACCGUGCUUACGGGCCGGGAGUCGAUCUCUGGGCAGCCGGCACCACACUAGCCGAGUGUUUCCGCACGGGCCGAACCGGCUCGCCAGCAAAAAGGAACGUCGGCGGGGAGGACAACGACAGCGACGACGACGCGAAGAACGAGAACAUGACCGCCCGCGGCCCAACCCUCUUCGAUUCACGUCCUGCUCAUGAAGACGGGAACCAGCUCGGCCUCGUCCUCAGUAUCUUCCGCACACUUGGCACGCCUACGCCGCAAACCUGGCCCGAGGCAAAGGGGUUUCGAACACCGCCCUUUGAGAUGUACCGUAUCUUUCCCGGUAUCGUUUCCCAGGGAGCUGGUGAAGAAGGCGAGGGCGGAGGGGGCGGGCGUGGGUGGGCUGGAUUGCUGCCGGGCGCAGACGCGGACUGGAGGGCUUUGGUGGAGGGGUUGUUGAGGUAUGAGAGUGGAUGGCGAAUCACCGCAAAGGAGGAGUGGCGGGGAGGGCUGAGAUAUGAGGCUGACUGGUCCGAGUCUUAG